GUAAAUUUGUAAAAGCAAACGACCGUAAGUGCACUUUUGACUGUCGUGCAAAAUGGUAUGCUUCAUUCUCGAUGUAAUACACAAACGAAUUGCGAAUGACUGCGCUUAUUAUUGUUAAUCUCUGCGUUUGUUUACUAACAACGCGAAGACAAAGCAACUUGAAAUGGCCUCAGAGCGCUAUCGCAUAACAAAACAGGGGCCUACUGACCUUGGGCCCCAUUAUUUCAGCCUUUGGCGGGAACUAGUUUCGGUUUCAGUUUCAGAGAACAGAUAGCAAAAUCAGAAACAGCAACAACACGUGUUGCGCUCCCACAGAUCGAGCUACUGCGCAAAGCUUAUCGCACAGAGCGAGGCUUUAAGCCAAUUAUGUGCCAAAAUACGAUGGGAAGACACAUAAAAACCGGUUUCAAAAGUGGCGCUCAAAAAAUACAGGUCACCGAAAAAUACCAACUGGAAUCGCAAGCAUCUGGCAGCACUGCGAAGUGGCAGCACUGGAAGUGCUCUGGAACAGUCGAACUAUCGAAGAACGCCUCGUGUUAUCGAAACAUAUUUAUAUUUUUGAAUUAUAUUUAAAUUUAAUCACCUAUAAUGGUUUUUAAGCCAACUUAGGCUGUGCAAUGAGCCGAAGAAACUCCUAGGCUAGGCUGGGCUUUGAUGUGAGCACGCAGUAUACUGGAACUCCACUUCCAGUGCGCUGACAUUGAAAAGGCGAGAAUAGAUUUAAUUGGUAAUUGAUUGCAGUUUGCAAUUGGAGCAAGCGAGUGAGUGAAUGGGUAAAAAUCAAUACGCGGAGCAGCAGCAGCGAUGGAGCAGCGCGCCAACUUCCUGGCCCUGACCCUCCUGGACGCCCUGGAGGACGAGAACGAGUCGGACAUCAUGUCGAUGCUGGAGAGGAACAGCAUAAACGCUGGCAUAGUGCCCUGCGACCGCGGACUGGCCCCUCUCCACUAUGUUUGCGGCAUGCGGAACGGGGAGCUGGCCCAGCGGAUCCUGGAGCGGUUCCUCGAGUGCCCCGAGCUCGAUGUGGAUGCCCUGUGCGAUGGCCAGACGACGGCGCUGCACAUCGCCAGCAUCUACGGACGGGCAGAGCUGGUGAGGAUGCUGUUGGAGCGCGGAGCCCGAGCGGAUCUAGCCGACGAGGAGAACAAGCUGCCCGUCCACUAUGCCAUCGAGGAGUGCCACUUCGAGGUGCUGCAGCUGCUGCGGGAUCACAUCUUCCGCGAGAAGCAGCGGCAGAAGAAGCAAAAGCAGCAACAGCGGGUCGACGCUCUGACCCCAAAUCAGCCGAGGCGGCAUCGGCCGCAGCCAAAGUUCCCGGAACCCGAGGAGGACAACGAGUGCACACGGAUUCCCCCACUGCCGGAUGAGGAGUCGGUGAACCUGUUCGCACUGACCGAGGCCCAUCUCACACAGCUCAUUCAGAGCCAGCGGGAGAACCACCCGGAGGAUCCCGAUCAGCCAAAGCGGCGCACCCUCAUCGAGAGCUGGCGCGAGAAGGUGGAGAGGUCGCGUGCCCGCCAAUCCCUGCUCCAUCAGUACGACGAGCAUGUGGAGGCGCUGGUGGACGAGGCCCUCGAGCAGGAUGACUUCAGCUACGAGCAGCAUCUGCAACAGCAGCUGCGCGGCGAAGUUAACCCCAAGGCCCGGGGGGAGGAUGCUCCCAGCUCGGGUCGCCAAGUCUUCGAGCUGUUAGUGGAGCAGGUCGCCCAGGCGGUUGUCGUUGAGCCGGAGCCAGAGCACAGUUUCUUCACAGCCCAGGGUGAAGAGGAGGCCCCCGCUUCCGAUAACUCCCCACGCCAGGACGAGUAUUUCCUGCAGAUCAAGGAGGCCUACGUUCACACCGACGACGAGAAUGGCUUGGUCUUCUACGAAGCCAAGUUCCUACAGAAUGCCGAGAAGCGGGUGCCGCCUGAUCAAGCUCCCGAGGAGAAGAAGCCCGAUCUGGAGAGCACCGUGAGCACAAAUCACACUCUGCCCCUGGACUACGAAACGGAUGCCCUGCGCCGGGAGUUGACCCAGUUGGGGGCUCCGGUUGGCCCCAUCACGAAGACGACCAAGAGGCUGUACAUAAAGCAGCUGAUCAAGUACAAGCGGAAUACGGAGGCGCUGCUGGCCGCCCAGAAGCACGCCCAGGAGGCGCAAAUCCGCUACUCGGUGGAGCUGCAUCGCACCCUCCGAUCGCCGGAGGACUUUGAUAGGAUCAGCGAAUACUUACCGCACGAGGCAGCCUCGGCAGCGCAUUUCGCCAAGUCCGACGUCCCCAAGAAGAACCUGCGAGAGGGCCAUCUAAAGCAGAGCUUCAUCUACAUGCUGAUCGACCCGCGCAUCUCGCGGAAUCUGCCCGGCGAGAGCGCGUUUCUCGAAAAGUUCGGAGUGUGGCAGCGGUUCCUCGACUCAAUUUUUUACGUGGGCAAGGGCAAGUCCUCGCGGCCGUACGCUCAUCUCUACGAUGCCAUGCGCCAGCACACCCGACUCCACCAGAAGCGGGACAAGGAGAAGAAGAACAAGGAUCGAGGCGGUGGAUUUCGCACCCUGCAGCCAGAUGUUUUCCGCUCGCCGCCGCCGGCAGACGGCAAGAUGGGAAGCCGGAAGCUGGAGCGCAUCCUGGACAUCUGGCAGCAUGGCAGUGGAGUCGUUUGCCUGCACGUCUUCCACAACAUCUUGCCCAUUGAUGCGUACACCCGCGAGGCCGCCAUUAUAGACGCCUUGGGCCUGACGCACCUCACCAACCUGAAGCGCGGGGACUACUACGGUCCCGCCCAGUCGUGGACGAUGAAGCAGAAGAAGCAGCUGGGCAUCGCGCUGCUCCUCAAGGCCAUGCACAUUUAUCUGGCGGAGGGCGAGUCCCAGCUGUCGCCUAGCGACCUCUUGUAACAAGGAAUCGAAGUGGGAUCGGAGAUAGGAUGAAUACAACCUGGCAAUUCGCACCAAGUACAAAGUGCAGUGGCGAAAUUCUAAUAUGUUCAAAGCUUGAUCUCAAGAUUGUUUCUAGUAGGAAAUGAGGCGGAGAAUAGAGAAUAAUAAUAGGGUAUUCGAAAUGCAAGGUUUAACUGCGAAAUAAUUGUAAAAUAAUUUGCUUUGCUAUGAUUGAAACUGAAACUGAAAUAUUUAUUUUAAAUUAAAUGCCAUUUCCAUUUUGGCGGCUGGUCUUAAAUAUGUGCACAUGGAUUCCUAGAGUAGUUAUAUUCGACCCCUUUUGGUUGUCUCACAAUCUUGUACUUAUAUAAGAUUAAAUGGAUUUAAAUGGAAGAUAAAUAAAUGCUUAAAAGAGAUGGUAGAGAUAUUUCGAUCGCUUGGUUUAAUUUAUGUUUUAAUGAUUAAAUAUUUUUGUAGUAUUUUAAGUCGGUUUGUUGAAAUUCUUUAAUGGUUUUAAACAUGAUUUUUAGUAAGUUCUUUUUCGUCCUCAUCCGCAUCUCCUUACAAAACGUAUAACUUUCUUUUAUUUGGGAUAGAAACAAAAGUAGUUUUCCUUUGUUUCUUAGACUGUUCCCAAUUAUUUGGUGUGGCUGCCACAAAUGGUUGCAUUUCUCCUUAUAUGCCAUUUUAAUAAUCCUUAUUUCAAAGGGAAAACACAAACGAAAUCGUUCAUUCAUUAAUUUGUAAAUACACAUAUUUCAUAUGGACAAAAUAGUCCUAAUUCGAUGGUGCAGUGUCCAGUUGCACCCCUUUCGGUGACCUUCAGCUCGCCUGCAGAAAUCCACCCCCAGAAACAUCCCCAAAAUAAAUUUGUGCAUCGGCAGCAGCCGGAAUCACAACUACAACAACAAAGGAGCCUAAAAGCAGGCUGCACUUUGGCCGGCUGCAAAUUCGUUGCUGAGAUACUUUCGUGCGUGUGCGCAUAUAAUUCCCAACCGCUUCUGGCGCCGCCAGCAUGGAGCGGCGGUCGAGUGCCUGAGCACGGUUAUCUUUGCGCAGUGGCAAUACCGUAACCGAUGAAGUUCUACUGAGGUGCGGUUAUUGCUAGUUGAAAACUUUAACCAAUACCCCGCCAUGGGGACGUGAAAUACCGUCCACUACGGCAAUUUUUGGAAGCCCGAGAGGGCUAAUU